AUGUACUUGACAAAGAAGAUCAACGGCGUCGAAAUUUGCUACGAUGAAUGUGGAACAGCCGAUCGCCCUGCACUGGUCCUUCUCACUGGGUGGGCACACGAUCUCCGCCUCUAUGACGAACUACUUCCUUGUUUGAGUCACAAAUACUGGGUGGUUCGAGUAUCCUGGAGAGGUCAUGGAAUCUCUCGCGAUGACAUUGACGACUUCGGCAUCAAUGAGCAAAUCAACGACACACUCGGUUUACUAGACUCGCUGGAAGUUGACAAAUUCUACCUCGUCUCGCAUUCCCACGGCGGCUGGCCAGCUUUGGGCAUCGUCGACCAACUUGGAAAAGACCGUGUCUUGCGCCUUUUAAUGAUCGAUCAGAUCAUGACUCCCCCUCCUCCUGAGUUCGCCGCAGGACUGCAGGCGAUGCAGGCUCCAGAAACGUGGAAGGCUGCUCGCCAAGGUCUCUAUGAAAGUUGGGCUGCUGGAAGCAAUAAUAAGGCGCUUCAGAACCAUUUUGUAUACAGCUUUGGGAGUUUCGGUCGUAAGAUGUGGGCUCUGUCGUGCCGGGUUAUUGCUGGUGCGUAUCAAGAGCAUGGCACACCGAUGCGCCGCAUGGAAUCGAUCAAGAAUCCUCCGCCAAUUCGCCAUAUUUUCUCGCACCCUCUGAAUAGCCCCGGGUAUCGAGAACUUCAUGAGGAGUUCAGCAAGAAACAUUCAUGGUUUUCUUAUACCGAUUUGAAGGGAGAUACUCACUUUCCCAAUCUCGAAAUUCCGGACAGAGUGGCGGCUCAAAUCGAUGACCUAGUUCACGGGGCAGAAAGCUAG